AAAGGAAAAUAUUUGAUUAACGUUAUCAACGAUAUUAAAUAAUGAUAUAAGCAUUAUCACGGAAACAUGUUCGCUUGUAAAUAUUAAAUGCAUAAAUAACAGAUUUACAAAGUAGAAUAUAUUGAAGCGUAGGCGUUUUGCAUGUAUGAUGUACACGCUCACACAACUAUAACAUUUCUUGGUAGUAAGAUCGAAUUAAGUUCAGUUGUUUGAAAGCUAUUCUCCAAGUAAGCUCGUCUUCUUUAACAAAUGCAAGAUAUCGCGUGAUAACUCUUAUAAAUCUUAUCUGUAAACUUAAAUAUUUAUAAAAAGAAUUUUUUUUUAACAACGACGACAACACAACGAGAGACGUGAGAUAAAAACACAAAAUUAAAUAUAAACUUUAUAUAUUUUAUCGUGCAGCACAUAUGUAGAAGGGGGUGGGUGGGUAUUUUGCACUUCUUAUAUUAAUUGAACGCAGUACCAUUUUCUCGCGAGUCGUGUAAUAAUAAUACUGUUGGAAAAAUGGAAUCCCAAUUAAUUUUACAAGAAAGUGGAAUCGAUUAUGUAUUACUAACAAAAGAUAAAUUAGAUGAUGCAUUACGUAUUCAAGCUAGUACGAUGGUACAUGAAAAUAUUGCUAUAGGAAUGGGUAUGUUUGAAGAACCUGGUGCACCUGAGGAAAUGCAAUUGAUUUUUAAGGAAGUUGUUAAAGAUGGAAUUUCUAUAAUAGCUUUAGAAAGUGAAACGAAAGAAAUGACUGGGGUGAUAUUCAAUAAAAUGCAUAUUCCUUUGAAAGAAGGAGAAGAGGAUGAACUCGGUAAAUUCGUGAAUCAAAAUAUAAAGCAUAGUUCUUGUAUCGAGCUUACACGUUUUCUCAAUAAUUUCGAAUCAACGGUGAAUUUAUUCGAAAAAUAUGAGACCGAUGCAAUAUUGGAAAUGUUUUACAUCGCAGUCGAUACAAAAUAUCGUAAACGUGGAAUCGGUCUUGGAUUAACAAAAUCUAGUUUAACAUUAGGAAAAAUGUUGCAAAAAGGUGAAAUUCAAAAAAUCUCGAUGGGUGGGGACAUAGUUUUGAAAAAUGCUAUGCCAAACGUAGCUAUUGCUGUUUAUUCCUCGAAUUAUUCUAUACGUAUAGGUGAAAAACUAGGUGGUGAAUUUUUAGCCGAAUUGUUGUACGAAGAUUAUACGGUUAAUGGUAAAAAAAUGUCAGAAAGGAUAGAUAGUAAUCAUAAAAGGGUUAUAUUGGUUGCCUUUAAAUUAUAAACGAAAAGGCACAAACAUUGUUUAUAUUAUUAUUAAUCAUGAAUAUUUGUGAAUAUUUUUUUA